AAAAGGUGGAGGAAACCUUGGCGACCCACCCCUGUCUCCUCCUCCUCGCCUUCGCCCUUUAGCUUUUUCCCCGUGGUUUUCCUUGCCCCGUUCCAGAUCGGCGCGGGUAAGCUCCGGCUCCUCCCGAUCCGGAUCCGUCCGCAUCGACGCCGUAACUUCUAAGGACUUUUUGGCCUGAAUUUUUUGUUCUGGUUGGUAAGACGUGUUUUCCUCCGGCAGAUCUGCGGUUCGAUCUGCCGCGCGCAGAGGCGGCGCCGCGUGGUUGCUUAUCAUGGCAUCAAAGCGCAUCCUCAAGGAACUAAAGGACCUGCAGAAGGAUCCUCCCACAUCAUGCAGCGCAGGUCCUGCUGGCGAGGACAUGUUUCAUUGGCAAGCGACGAUAAUGGGACCCCCUGACAGUCCCUAUGCCGGUGGUGUUUUCUUAGUGAACAUUCAUUUCCCCCCUGAUUAUCCAUUCAAACCCCCGAAGGUAUCUUUCAAGACAAAGGUCUUCCAUCCUAAUAUCAACAGCAACGGAAGCAUAUGCCUCGAUAUUCUUAAGGAGCAGUGGAGCCCUGCUUUGACAAUAUCCAAGGUCUUGCUCUCUAUCUGUUCCCUGCUGACUGAUCCCAACCCGGAUGAUCCCCUUGUCCCCGAGAUUGCCCACAUGUACAAGACUGAUCGGUCAAAGUACGAGACAACAGCCCGCAGCUGGACACAGAAGUACGCCAUGGGUUGAAAAUCUGCACCGCCGACAAUUGUCAUGUCGUCUCAAGAAAAUAUUUAUGGGCCAUUGUUUUCUUCAAUUUGCUGCUGGUCGUGUGUAUCUGAUCCUCAAGGAUCGUAACUGCAGUCAAUGUCGAACUAUCAUAAUUGCCAUCCUUUGUAUCGGCAGACAUGCAUGCCUAAACACCUGUGCUUGUUGGGGUUACCUUGACUUGUGUUGGUGUUAUUUGGUAAAUGUUCAUCGAAACAUGUUUGCUUCGUUACGU